AUGCUUUUACCAUUCAUUUCAUACUUUAUAUUCUCACAAAUUAAUUUCAAAUAUAUCAAAACCGAGUGGCCGAUAGCGAAUCUUUCAAAUAUAAAAAUUUUAGGACUCUUCCUGGAUGCAGACAACACCACUGAACCAACUGAGUUGUCAAUUCAUACUCGAGCAAUGUUUCAAUCUGCUAUCAUACUUUCACAAAAAUACAAUAUCUCAAUGCAAAGUCAAUAUCUCGAAUGGCAAUCAGCACAAACUGAUGGAAAUAUAAUGAAUGCUCUGAGUGAUACAUGUCAAUGUGCAUCUUCAUCAAUACUCCUCGGGAUUGUUGGCCCAACAUUAUCAAACGAAGCACAACAAAUUGCAAACUUCGGCGAAAGAAUUGGUCUGCCGGUUAUAUCGUACUCUGCUACUGAUCCACAACUAUCCGACCGAAAUAGUUAUCCAACUUUUUAUCGCACUGUGCCAUCCGAUAACGAAGCUGCCGUUGCACUCGUGAAAUUAUUUCUGAAAUUCAAUUGGACAUCCUGCGUCGUUGUUUAUCAAAAUGAUCUAUUCGGAACCAAUGGAGUCAAUGCAAUCAAUAAUGCAUUUAUCAAUCAAGGUCUAGCAAUAUUUAAAUUUAUUGUCUUUGACAUCGCAACACUGACAUUUCGAGAAGAUCUCAAAAGUUCUUUAGUUAAUAGUCCAACACGAAUUGUUAUAUUAUGGGUAAGUGUCAGUUAUGCAUCGUUAAUUAUCCAAAAUGCUCUGGACAACGGUGUUCUCGGUCCUAAAUUUACCUGGAUAUCGAGCACAAGUAUUUCCCUGACUUCUUUUAACUCAAUCUACUAUCCGAAUUUAAUUGGAAUGCUCACGGUCGAACCUGUCACAGGCAGUGUUGUCGGUGCAACAAUAAAUCAAACAUUAUUGAAUGCUGCUUAUGACGUAUGGAAAGAGUAUGAACCAGAAACGUUUCCUUCCUCAGUAAAAGUCAAUCCAUAUGCACUGUUUGCAUUUGAUGCAACAUGGGUGUUAAUUCAAUCCUUAGAACAACUUUGCUCACAAAUGAAUCACUCAUGUUUAACAACAAACGGUUCUUCAUAUUGUUUUGAUCGAUAUUUUGUUCAUUCCAAUCAAUUGUUGAAUAUAAUAAACUCAAUUAAGUUUCUUGGCAUUUCUGGUCCAAUUAAAUUUACUUCAAACUCAACCGAUCGAAUGGAUGGUUCGUAUUACUAUGUCCAAAAUAUUCAAUCCACAUCGACUGGCAUUGGCUUCGCUCCUGUAUUAGAAUAUUCUGAUCCUGGAGAUUGGAGUACCUAUCCAGGAUCGAAUGUUAUUGUCUGGCCAGGUAAUUCAUUAAUAUCACCAACCGGUCGCGUUCUACUUGACAGUGUCACUGUACGAAUUGGAGUUAUUGCAGCACCUGUGUAUACGAUAGUAAAUGGUGGAUCAACAACGAACUUAACUGGAUACGCGAUUGAUUUAAUCGAGCUUUUACGCAGUCAACUAAACUUUAUUCCGAAUAUUCAAUUAGCAUCUGAUAAUCAAACGUAUGCAGGAUUGAUUCAAGCUGUCGCCGAUGGAGUUUAUGACAUGGUUGUUGGCGAUGUAACAGUGACUGCUGCACGACGAGAACUCGUUGAUUUUUCGAAUUCUAUAUUCGAUAAUGCUUUGCAACUUAUGGUUAGAAAAACUUAUACAAGUGCACCUGAUCCCUUAUCGUUUCUAAAACCAUUUUCAUUGAAACUAUGGAUCACAUUUUUAUUUUCCUGGGUCUUUGCCUCGGUCUUAUUUUGUUUCUUCGAACGUGACGAAAAUGACAUCUUAGCGAAUCGAACUUUUUUUUCUCAAAUAGCGAUGAGUUUAUGGUAUUGUCUUGGCCAUUGCAUCGGACAUGGAGUUGAUUUUCAUGUACGUACGUCCUCCGGACGUUUAUUAACCGCUGCUCUGUAUAUGUUGAGUUUAGUCUUGUUAGCGUCUUAUACAGCUAACCUGGCAUCUGAUUUAACAAUCUUAAAAACUCAAAAUAUCCUCUCUGGAAUCGAUGAUCUUAAAAAUGGAAAAAUUCCGCCGAAUCGUAUCGGUAUUCGUGUUGGCACUGCUGCUGUUGAUUAUUAUUUAAAAGAAAUCUCCAAUGGAAAUCCGAAUUAUUAUCCAUUAUAUUCACUACAGCAAGGAUACGAUGCUUUAUUGAACGAUAUUAUCGAUGUGACGUUUACCGAUAUUGGCCUUGGAGAAUAUGAAACAAAUAAUGUUUAUUGUAAUUUAACGUUGAUUGGAGAUUCUUUUGAUGCGGGAAUAUUUGGAAUAGCUGUUUCGAAGAAUUGGAUUUAUACUGAAGAAUUAGAUGUGACGAUUUUAUCGUUGGGUGAAACAGGUUUGUUAAAUAACCUUCAGAUAAAAUGGUUUCAAACAAAGAUUUGUCCGGAUACAAGUGGAGUGCCAACUGAAAUUGAAUUGGAAUCCAUGGGUGGAUUAUUUGCUACGUUUGCAUUUGUAAUUCUUCUCUCGUUAAUAUUAUUUAUUUGGAAGAAGAAGACUUUCUUUAUACAACGAUUGAAAAAAAAAUUCACGUCUUGUGAAAGACCCGUCGAAACUAAUACCAUCUCGUGUAAAAUCUAA